CCGCUCGCGCCGGACCGCUCCGCUCCUCCAGCCCGGCACUGCCGCAGCAUGGCGCAGCCCGCGGCCGCCCUCGGGGCUGCCCUCCUGCUAGUCCUGCUGGCUACGGACUCCUCGCCCACCGUGCUGCUGAGCGCCCCGGAGGCUGCCCAGUUCUUGCGGCAGAGGCAGCGCCGAGCCUACCAGAUCUUCGAGGAGACCAAGCAAGGCCACCUGGAGCGGGAGUGCGUAGAGGAGCUGUGCAACAAGGAAGAAGCCAGGGAAGUGUUUGAAAACGACCCUGAGACGGACUAUUUUUACCCGAAAUACUUGGCUUGUAUUGAGAAAUUUGGGUCACCGUAUACAAGAAGUCCAGAUUUCCUUACAUGCGUUCAUAAUUUGCCAAAUCAGUGUUCUCCUUACCCUUGUCAGAAAGAGGGGACUGAAAUAUGCGAAGAUCUAAAGGGUGACUUCUUUUGUCAUUGCAGACGUGGCUGGCAUGGGCGAAAAUGUGAACAAGAUAUUGAUGAAUGCAGUGUGCAGAAUGGUGGCUGUAACCAAGUCUGUCUCAACAACCCAGGCAGUUACCGCUGUUCAUGUUAUAGUGGCUAUGCUCUUAAAAACGAUAAAAUAUGUGAAGACAUAGAUGAAUGCACAGUAUCAAUAGGCAUCUGUGGAGAAGCUCGUUGUAAAAAUUUAAUAAGCUCGUAUGCAUGUCUGUGUGAUACAGGCUACAGAUAUGAUAACUUAAGCAAGUCUUGUCUAGAUGUGAAUGAAUGUGAAGAGAAACUCUGUGAGCAAACGUGUGUCAAUUCACCAGGGAGUUACACCUGUCACUGUGAUGGCAAAGGGAGAGUUAAGCUUUCCCAGGACAUGAACACCUGUGAGGAUAUUAUACCUUGUGUGUCUUUUGCUGUUGCGAAAAGUGUUAAAUCUCUGUAUCUGGGGAGAAUGUUCAGUGGUACACCUAUUAUCAGACUACGCUUUAAAAGGAAACAGCCCACAAGACUUGUGGCUGAAUUCGACUUUAGAACCUUUGAUCCUGAAGGUGUCCUUUUCUUUGCUGGAGGCCAUCAAGACAGCACAUGGAUAGUCUUAGCUUUGCGCAACGGACGGUUAGAAUUGCAGUUGAAGUACAAUGGAAUAGGCCGUGUGACCAGUAGUGGGCCAGUUAUCAACCAUGGCAUGUGGCAAACAAUCUCUGUUGAAGAACUGGAGAGAAGUUUGUUUAUAAAGGUCAACAAGGAUGCAGUUAUGAAAAUAGCUGUUGCAGGAGAUCUGUUUACUUUGGACAAAGGACUGUAUCAGCUGAACUUAACAGUAGGAGGCAUUCCUUUUAAAAGUAAAGAUCUUAUUCAGCCCAUAAACCCUCGGCUGGAUGGUUGUAUGCGGGGAUGGAACUGGUUGAAUGGUGAAGAUACUACUAUCCAAGAAACAAUAAAGCUGAAUGACAAGAUGCAGUGCUUCUCAGUGGCAGGACGAGGAUCCUUCUAUCCUGGCAGUGGUUUUGCUGUAUUUAAUUUCAAUUAUAUGCAACCAUCUGCUGGAAAUGAAACUGAAAGGAGUUGGGAAGUAGAAGUAAACGCUGUAAUUCGACCAGCAGCAGAUACUGGGGUACUAUUUGCUCUGGUUGGUGAAGAAGCUUCAGUCCCUUUAUCAUUGGCUCUGAUUGACUAUCAUUCCACAAAGAAACUUAAACAACAGUUCAUUAUCUUGGCCAUGGAGAGCACAGUUGUGUCCAGACUGGCAAUAAACGUUUGUGAUGAUCAAGAGCACUCUGUGAACAUCUUCAUCAGCAAGGGGCAGUUAUCACUCACCAUGGAUGAGACUGCAGGACAGAGUGAAUUAAGCCAUUCCCAGCUACAGGACAGUCUGUUUCUCUUGGAGGGCUACCUGCAGUCAUCUGUGAAGACAUAUGUGGGAGGACUGCCAGAUGUUCCUGUCACUUCCACUCCAGUCACUGCAUUCUACCAUGGCUGCAUGACUGUGAAGAUGAAUAAUAAGGCACUGGACUUAGAUGAGGCUUUUUACAAGCACAGUGACAUCACAUCACAUUCUUGUCCUCCAACUGAGACUGGUCAAUAGGUACCACUGCAAUGUAGAAGUUUUAUAUUCAAAAACUUUCCAUGCUUUUUCAAGAUAUAAAUUAUUCAGACUUCCGGCACUAUGUGUAUAGUUUCUCUUUAAACACUGAAGUUAUGUAGGCGCUACUGAUCCUCACAAGUCAAAUUGAUUAUUGAAAUAUUUCUUUGCUUUGAGGUUUAGAGUUUGUAAUAUAUUUGUAAAUAGUUCAGAAGACUAAGAUUAAUAAUCCAAAAGUGAAGAUUAUACCUAAAGUGAAUGUUAAGACUGUAAAAAGACAGAUGGAUAGCUGUAAUGUGGAAAAUCUGGUAAUAUGUCAGGGUGAACUGGAAUAAAAAUAAUAUUGCUGUAUUAUUUUUUAUUAUCAAACACUGCUUUCUGAUUUACAAAACAUGAAAGAAUAAAAUAUUUACAUAA